AUGACGACCGAUACACAAAAAGGAGGAAUGUAUAUACCCCGUCUUCAAUUCGUUGGUACUAAACGAACGAAAGCUUAUCGUAAUCUGAAUAAUUCAUCACUGAUAGGCUUUGGAUCGGACAUAUCGUAUACAUCAACAAAACAAUCGCAAUCUGCCGUGAAAACUUUUAAUGUGAAAGAUUUAGUAGAAAUUCCAUCAAAACGUUCAUGCCGACGUGGUUGGUUGUUCCCAUUUGGUAUUGGGAUUUGCUGCUUGUUAAUCACUGCUAUUACAGUACCUGUUCUCCUGGCUGUACUCUAUUUCAAUAAACAGACGACUACAUCAGCUUCCACUUCUACCAGCACUACAGUUUCCACUACUACUUAUUUACCAACAUCUUGCAAUGCGACCUGUAAUAUUACCAGUCGAGCUGCUCUGUCAAGUUAUACAGCAGUAUGGACUUUUGAAAACAAUUUGAACGAUAUUCUUAAUGUCUACAAUGGCACCGGUGUGAACAGUCCUGGGUAUAAUACAGGCUAUGUUGGCCAAGCAUUGAGUUUGAAUGGCUCACAAUAUGUAACGACGCCAUUUAUCAAUUUCGCUAACUCAAGUUUUACCAUCGAAGCCUGGAUUCAACCAGCGACAUUAGUUACAAAUGGACCGGAUUAUGCCGUAUUCGGGGAAUGUGAUCUUAGCGGUGCUACAAAAGAUAAUUGUAUGCAUUUAAUUCUGAGAAAUUUCAAUCCAUAUAAUAUAUAUAUGGGAUUUUGGGUCGAUGAUCUCGUGAGUCGAACAACAUUGCCAACUAGUCUCGCAGGCACUUGGCUGCAUGUGGCAUUUGUCUAUGAUUUUUCCAGUAAACAACAAAAUAUCUAUCGCAAUGGUUACAAUGAUGGACAAGCAAAUUUAACUGGAACACCCGCUGCUUAUGUGGGCACAUCAGGUCUGGUCAAUAUAGGUGCUUUUCAAACAAAUAAUCAAUUCAAAGGACUUAUUGAUCAUAUGUUCGUGAGCAAUCGGGCUAAGAGUGCUUGCGAAAUCCUGGAUGAUGCAACUCUAGUUGCCUAUUUUUCAUUUGAUUCUGGUUCUCUACAAGAUAGUGGCCCGAAUUAUUUCACUGGUAUCAUCACAUCUGGUGUGACCACUGUCAGUGGUUAUGUCAAUCAAGCUUUGACAUUCGGUGCAUCGAGUACCUACUUUUCUGUCGGUGAUCUGGUUGCAUUGGGCACAUCGAAUAAAGCUUUUUCAUUUUCACUUUGGGUCAAACCAACCGCAUACACCGGCGUUGGGACGAUUGUUCAUGUAGCAAAUGGGGCCAACGGCUAUACUAACGGUGUCUCUCUAUGGUGUGUACCAUUUAUCGGAUUAGAUUCUUCAAACAGACUUGUUGCUCAAUUAUGGAAUGGAUCUGCAAUCCCUAUAGUCGGAUCCACACUUCCGUUGAAUGUGUGGACACAUAUUGUUGAAACUUACAGUACGACCAAUGGGCUUAUUUUAUACGUGAAUGGAAUUCAAGUGGGAACUACGGGGGCUGCAAGUUAUUCUGCAAGUGGGGUUCCAGAUUAUGUUUUACUUGGCUAUUACGGAUCGUUGGGUUCUAAUUGCCAAACAAGUUCUAUCUCUGCAGGACAAUUCACUGGAGCCAUUGAUGAAUUUCGAAUCUACAGUCGAGAACUGAGUCUAAUUGAUGUAUGUGUUCUUGCAAAUCAAUGA